AGCCGACUCUAUUUUUUUCUUAGCUGUCUAAGUUCACUCUUCUUCAACUGUGUUUUCAUAUUUCCAGAUUGGUUGAUUUCCAAACAUCUUCUCAUUUUCAAUCAAAAUCGAGCUAAGCAUGGCAGCCUAUGGAGCUCUGGUUUCUCUUAUGCAUACCAUAGAUACUCUCGAGAAACAUCCUUCCCCUCCCAUCUCUAUCGACCAAGAACAAGUUCAAUCUCUCACUCAAAACAUUACCUUCUUGCAAGAAUUUCUUGAUGGUUAUAUUUCCCCGGAUGCUGAUAGCCAUGAAGCCGAUCCAUUGGAGCGUCGCAUUGCUGAUGCAGUUUAUGCAGCUGAGGACGUUAUCGAGUCUCAAAUUGUGGUUCAAAUUGACAAGCGAUCCGCAAUCGUUGAAGAUCCCGACUUCUAUCAAGAUCUGCAGAAAGUGAUUGAAGAAAUGGAUCUGAUCAAGAAAGAUGUGUCGAUGACUGCAAUCCAAGCUCAGCCGCACCUAAAGCGCGUUGCAGACUCGACGUCUUCUUCCACUGUAAAGGAAAACGUGAUGGUGGGGUUUGAAGAAGUGUUUCUUGAAGUUUUGGACAAGCUAACUGGAGAUGAACUCAAUCGCCAAAUCAUCCCCAUCGUGGGGAUGGGUAGCAUUGAGAAACUGAUAUAAACGGGAAGUCCAAGGCCCGGGCUGACCCGACCACGACUCCCCUUAAGCUGCCCGGAAGGCCCGUCACGAGAUCAAUGAGACAAAGGCUUCGGGAAGGCGUUUCAAACUUCAUUAGGAGGGGAAUGGAGGAGGCAGAUGGAAUGCCC